GUAUCAAUGAUAAAGCAGUCAUAAUUCAAGUCAGUACAGGUAUUGUUGUUUUAAGUGGUCGAUAGUGACAUUAUUAAAGUGACGGUGAAGUGAUGUUACAUAUUUUUAUGUGAAAAUGCCGAAAAUGGAGCGACGAUUGUGGUUAGACUGUAUAUUGUUUAUACAACUGAUGCACUUGUGUUACUCAUGUCAAAUGGAAGGAGUUGCAAACUGGCGUCUCCGAGUAGAAGAGAGCAUAUUUGACACACACAAUGGAGUUGUGUUGGAUCGGAAUACAUCUGAUAUUAUAAGUAUUAACUCCAUAGUUCACAGCGAAGGAUUAAAUCGUGGUCCAUAUAUUGAUGUGAAGUAUGAAAAUUCGCGAUUUACCGUGGCAACUAGAGCCAACUUCGCUGAAUAUGAGGAGCAUGAAACAUCUAAAACUAUGAGAGUAACAGUUUCGUUCAACUGCGCGCAAGGAUCAACCAAUCAACCUCCGCUAGUUAUUCAAAUAGAUAUUAUAGAUACGAACCAAAACGCCCCCCGAUUUCUUCCGUCAGACAAUUAUGAAUUCACUGUGAUUCCCCCUCUACCUCCGGGAUUCUUAGUGACAGGUUGUGACAAGCAAAUCAUAGCCAGAGAUAUCGACUUGACAACCCAAAGAGUCGAUUUCACCAUAGAAGAAAAUGAUUAUUUCGAAAUUUUUUACGAUUCGUCUCCCGCGACAAAGGAAUUUUCAGCAACGUUGCGAGCCAAGAUGUUUAUAAGAUCAAUACCAGACGAUCUUAGUUUAAAAAUAAUGGCAACAGAUAUGGAUGAAACCAACGAUCCGCCACUAACAACGGAAGGCACUGUUCGGAUAAUAUCAGAUACACAAUUUCAAUUGCCAGAGGAAUUGGAAUUUUCGAAUAUAUUCUAUUUAUUGAAUUACACUAAGGAAAACUUGGUAACUGAUGAAUAUAUAUUCUUGACUCGAGGUUACGAUAAUCAAGUAAAAUUUAGCUUCGAUGGAGAGCACUCAGAAUACUUCGAAAUGACUCCAAAUGAUAAUAGAAUUACGUUCAGGGUGAAAACAGAAAUACCUACUGAAAUUUUACGAGAACAACAAAUAUACCUAAUAGUUCGAGCUGAGAGAGAACACACAAGUGGAGCUGCAGCUACCAUUAUAAUACAACUACCUAGUGCUAGAGAGUUGCGUUUUGAAUUGCUUUCUUAUAAAGGUGUAAUAGAUGGUAUUAAUCUAGUAUAUCAGGAUAUAUUUUUAAAUCAAGGCUAUAAUGAAGAUGUUGUUUUUGGGAUUCGAGGAGAUCAUGCCAACUUAUUUAAUCAUACAAGCAAUGGAAACCAAUUAAUUAUAUCAUUGAGAGCACAAUUACCUCAAGAAAUUGUAACCACAAACAAUAUUAUAACUUUGGAAAUUACUGCAACUGGUGACUAUACGAAUACAGCGGUAUCUACCCUCAUUUUUGAAAUAAUUAAAGAUGAUUUGACUACACCAGUUUUCAAUAAAAAAAUAUAUGAGGGCCAAUACGUAAAUUCUACACAUGUUACUAUUGAAGAAAUAAGUUUAACUCAAGGGUAUGAUAGGACAGUGGACUUUAACAUUUUUGGAGAGCACGCUGACUAUUUCAGAAUAGAAAACGACGAUGACAAUGUUAUAGUAUCGUUAAGGUCCGCUAUUCCUGAGGACUUGAUAUUUUCAGCCAAGAUUUUUACUUUAUACAUUGUUGCUACAAAACCGAACACUGUUGGCGGUAACGCCGCUCUUGUCAUAAGGUUUCCGAAUGAACUAACCGAACUUGCUGUUAUGGAAUUUUCUAAGCACACAUACAUUGGAAAGUUGGAAAACAAAGCGGUAUCUAUAGAAGAUGUUAUACUAGAAAGUGGUUUUACGAACCAAGUGCGUUUUAUCUUAAGUGGAGAAUAUUACAAUUACUUCACAUACUCUACGAGCGAAAAUGUUUUAUCUAUUUUGGCAAGUGAAGAAUUACAUCAAAAUUUAGGAAACGAAGACAAUAUAAUAUUAAACGUACGAGCAGAAAGAGUUAAUGCAAUUCCUGUUACAACGUCCAUUGUUAUAAGUAUAGUUAAGAAGGAAAUAAUACAACCUGUUUUCGAAAACCCUUAUUAUAAGGGAAUUUACACAGAAAAUGUUGGAUUGCAAUUUAACAAUGUUAUUAAAUUGACUUCUGGGUUUGAUGAUACUGUUUCCUUUGAUUUACAAGGCGAACAUUCGCAAUGGUUUUAUAUUACUGAAAGUGAAGAUUUAGUUAUAUUACACGCAAAUACAACAAAUUCUAUACCGAAUGACUUUAUAGUAAACAAUAAACAAAUUGUGUUAACAAUUAAUGCGGAAAAACCAGAGGCGACAGCAGGAAGAACUGUUAUUGUAGUUGAACUUAAUGCAGAAGAUAAAGACAGCUCGCUAUCGUUUGAAAGGGUAUAUUAUGUAGGAUCUUUAGAUAAAAACAAAAUCACUUUGGAUACAAUUAACUUAGGGGGCAAUCUUGAUGAACCAUACACCGUUACCUUACAUGGUGAUUUGGCCAACUAUUUUAGUACAUCUACACAAGACAAUGGACUAGGAAUAAUCCUUAAGCAAGAUUUGCCAGAAGAAGGGCUUCCAGAUAAUAAUAUAAUAACUUUAGAAAUAAGAGCAACACGAGAUACUACUAUUGCUCAAGCAACAGUAGUUUUAAAGAUAAUAAAAGAUAUUGACGACACACCAACCAUCAAUCCAAUCCGUUUUUACCGUGCCUACUACACCGGCCAAUAUUCUACUAAUGGGUUGAGUUUUACCGACAUCAUUUCGCUGUCGGAGGGUUUUGAUGACACUGUAGAGUUUAACUUAGAUGGAGAAUCAUCGCAAUGGUUUUACAUAACUCAAGAUGAAAAUUCAGUAAGAUUAUAUGAAAACUCAACAAAUACAAUACCCAACCAUGUAGUCGAAAGCAACAAUCAAAUUUUGUUUACUGUUUUGGCAAAAAAGUCUGGAGCCUUUUCUGCAGAAGCUGCAGUAUUAAUAGAAUUCAUAAAAGAAGUUGAUGACACACCAACCGUCAAACCAAUCCGUUUUAGCCGUGCCUACUAUACCGGCCAAUAUUCUAAUGGGUUGAGUUUUACCGAAAUCAUUUCGCUUUCGGGGGGUUUUGAUGAUACUGUAGAGUUUAACUUAGAUGGAGAAUCAUCGCAAUGGUUUUACAUAACUCAAGAUGGAAAUUCAGUAAGAUUAUAUGAAAACUCAACAAAUAGAAUACCCAACCACGUAGUCGAAAGCAACAAUCAAAUUGUGUUUACUGUUUUGGCAAAAAAGCCUGGAGGCCUUUCUGCAAAAGCUGCCGUGUUAAUAGAAUUCAUAAAAGAAGUUGAUGACACACCAACGACCAAACCAAUCCGUUUUAACCGUGCCUACUAUACCGGCCAAUAUUCUACUAAUGGCUUGAUUUUUACCGAUAUAAUUUCGCUUUCGGGGGGUUUUGAUGAUACCGUAGAGUUCAACUUAGACGGAGAAUCAUCGCAAUGGUUCUACAUAACUCAAGAUGAAAAUUCAGUAAGAUUAUACGAAAACUCAACAAAUACAGUACCCGACCACGUAGUAGAAAGCAACAAUCAAAUUGUCUUUACUGUUUUGGCAAAAAAAGCUGGAGCCCUUUCUGCAGAAGCUGCUAUAUUUAUAGAAAUCAUACAGGAAUCCUCCGAGAAUUUACGCUUUGACCGAGCAUACUAUGUCGGAUCUUUAAAUAAAAGUGGUGUAACUUUGGAUGCUAUAACUCUAAUCGGCAACUAUGACGAUACAUAUUCUGUUACUUUGCAUGGCAAUUACGCAAACUACUUUUCUAUAACACCUCAACGGCCGGUAUUCGAAAUUGUUCUUCAGCGGGAGGUUUCUGAAGAUCUACUCAAUAAUGAUUUUAUUACAUUUGAGAUACGAGUUUCGAAAAAUGAUAUUAUUACUGCGAGAACGACAACAAUUCUUAGAAUAAUAAAAGAUAAUGAGCCUCCGGUUAUUAAUGGAAUUCAAUUUGAUCGUGUAUACUAUGUUGGGAGAUAUACAUCAGAAAAUGUAUUUACGUUUGAAGACACGAUAUCACUUGCUGAAGGAUACGAUGAAACUGUUACAUAUUCUUUAUAUGGAGAUCAGUCUACAUGGUUUGAAUUAGUUCCAACAGGAAGUUCUGCUAAAUUGACAUUAUCUCGGCAAGUACCAUCUGACGUAGUUAGUAGUAAUUCUCAGUUAAUUUUUGAGGUCCAUGCCAAUAGAGCUAGCGAUACAGCAUCCGCAAGAUCAACUAUUAUCAUUACCAUUAAAGAAGUUGAUGAUGGAUCUACUCCUAUCAUGAAGUUCGAACGACAGGCGUACGUUGGUACCAUAAACCAGAGUGAUAUAUUCUUGGACCCAAUAGUUUUAGCCGAAGGCUACAGCGACGAAGUCAUAUUUAGUUUAAUAGGAGAACUUAAUGGCUAUUUCAGUACACCGAAUGAGCGAAAUGUAAUAACCUUGACUCUUCUACGCCCAAUACCAGAAGAAGAUAUUCCUAUUAAUAGACUUAUAACAAUUGACAUUGAAGCAACAUCGGAAUAUACAAGCGCGCGUGCUGCGAUAGUUUUAAAAAUCGUUCGAAAUGAAGAAUCAGUGGAAAAUCUAAGUUUUGAUAAACCAUAUUACUCGGGUUCUUAUGCAGACGCUUCUGAAUUUAGCUUUGACUUCAUAAUACGAAUGGAAUUAGGCUUCGAUGAAACAAUCCAAUUUAAAUUAGAGGGAGACCACUCAACUUGGUUUCGACUGCGGCAAUCUGGAAACUCCGCUGAGUUAGAACUAAGUUCCUCCAUACCUGAAAGUGUAAUAAACAAUAACAAUCAACUCGUAUUCGUUGUAUACGCACAAAGAGUGGACUCUGAAGUGGUUCUUACCCGAUCGGUCAUCAUAAUAGUCGUAACAAACGAUCCGACAACAAAUGUGAAAUUCGACAAAGUUUUGUAUUUAGGACGCGUGGAAAAUAAUGCUGUGGUACAUGAAGCGAUAACUGUUGUGGAAUUUAGCGGAAAUAUUGAAGUUUCAGGGGAAUAUAGCCAACUAUUCAGAGCAACUAUCACCAAUGGAGUCGUCACUGUAACGCUUUCUGCUACGAGCGUACCAUCAAUUCUUUCAUAUGUUGCCUUGAAUCUGGUAGCUGAUGAAGCAAGUGCUGUACUCCUUCUAGAUAUAUAUGAAUCGGAUACUCCAGUGGAGCCACCUUCCCUAUCAUUCAGCUCUUCAUCAUACAUACUAGAAGCCAACGAAGGUUCCACGGGAGAGGUGGGUCGAGUAUCCGCAACCGCCGAUAAUGGGGAGACUGUGAUCUACUCUUUGGAGAUAGAAAAUGAACACUUAAAGCAACGUCUUACAAUCAAUAACAAUGGAGAGAUACAUCUAUCGGCUUCAGCUAAUCUUGGUGUCUACAGUUUCAAAGCAACAGCCCGAACAAGAAUAUCACAAGUCUCUGCUUCGGCAGCGGUUCAGCUAACAAUCGUCGAACUUGGAACCACGUUCAAUUUACCACCUCUACUCGUCCUAGAACGCGAUGAAGAAGAACCACACUUAAAUCUAGUACCCCUAGACCGUACGAAGCAUCCGAACUGCGAAUACAGCCUUUCAAACAAAUGGCCACUGGACCAAAAUUGGCUAUACGUGGAUUCAGAAGGGUUACACACACGUUCUAUAGACAGAGAACACGACUCUAUUGCAUUCAUGCCCGUAUCUCAAAUUCAAGUGGAGUUGAACCUAAAUUGUAAUAGAAGAAGCAAGCGUUCAAGCAAGAGUCUAGACUACGGUUCCAAUAAAUGGAUUCUAACGGAUAGUAUUUCGUAUAACCCAAGUAGGACUUUGGUGAACCUAAUAGUAAGGGAUAUAAAUGAUAAUGCUCCGAAAUUUGAAGACGAUUCAGUGACAGUUGGGUACCCAAGCGGUGAUUUAGCAGAAAUUGUGUUACCAAGAGCAUUAGCCGAGUUAAAAGCAACUGACGCAGAUAUAGAAGAGAAUGCAGUAUUACGGUAUAUGAGUUCGGAUGAGAGGUUCGUAGUAUCUCCAACAUCUGGUUCCGUUCAUUUGAGGAAUCGUGUUACUUUGGAAGAUAAUACUCGGCUGGUGGUGGACGCUGUUGAUCGGAAUGGUACCGGGCUUAAGGGGUCUGUGGAAAUUAUGGUGCGGUUACUUGAUAGAAAUCAGAUAGCCGUUGUAACAGUUCCAAGUGGAUUUCUUGAUGACGAAUCAACAAUACUGGAUGAACUGACUAAGGCUGUUGGAUAUGAUGUAAAACCACUUCGCACUACCGUAAUUUCGGAAAGCCGUUAUGACAACGAAGGAGACAAAUCAAGGGUGCGACGUGAUGCAAAUACAAAUGGUGCCUCGUUAAGACUUUAUGUUUAUGGCCUAAAACAGCGUCAACCUGUUGAUGUCACACAACUGACUGAUGAUCUUAGUAACAUAGUAACGGUCAGCUUGGCCCGUGUCCUAUCACUGGAAGAUCAUCUAGAUGAACUACAGAUAUGUCCUGCUUUUGAACGUGAGAUUGGAUUGUUAGCGGCAACUAUAGUACUAGCUGUGUUACUUCUUAUCAUAAUUGUAGUUUUCGGGGUAUGGUUCUACUUGCGAAGGAAAAUAGCGAACGACUACGACCAGUUCAGUGAUCGAAAUAGUUUGCGUUCACGAAACGAUUCUAUCGAAUCACCAAAAGUGACCCCUAUCUUUACAACACCAAGGCUUAUAGGAAUAGAGGAACUACGAAAGAGUGAAAAAAAGCUUCAAGAACGUCUCAAUGCUUCCAAAGAAGUGCCAGAAAAGCCAUCAUCUAAAAAUGAUGAAAAAACUGAAGCAAUAAUUGAUGUUUCCGAAAAUGAUUCCAAAUGGCCGAUUGUAAUUCAAUCAAUUGAUAAGUUAAAAGAUAACGCUGAUGAGUCUGAAGAUGAUGAAUUUGGGGAAAAGGUCAAAAGGCCACGAAGAAAAUCAGUUGUCACGUUUAACGAAAACGUCGAGAAAAUUAUACAUCUUGAAGAUGUGUCGGUGGAUGAUAACUCAGAGGCAGAUCUUGAAGUUCACAAAUUUUAAAUUACGAAUUUUGAAUUUUUUUGUAACGAAUUUAAAAUUAUAAUUGGUAUUAAAGUGCAAAAAAUAUUAGGUUUAAUUGUGAGACCUAAAUCUGAAAUUAUAAUAAAUUUACGAUUUUAA